ACCACCCCUCAUCCCAACCUGCCCCUCUCCUCUCAAAGGGAUGCAAGGGAGUGACGCAGGAUAGACGGGAAAACUGCGCCGAACCUCGAAGGAAAGAUUGGAUAGGGGUGAUGCAAUAAGACAAAUUCUGGAAACCCAAGUGUAAAUCACGGAACRUCCGUUCCCUAGAAAAGAGACCGAAGCACGGCCUGUAUGGUCAGUGGACGUGGAUGCCAGACUCACAUGUUAUCUAUUUUACGCAGCCACUCACUAAUGUUUUGAUGGAUGCGGCUCGAAUUUGGACAAUUGGUUGAGGUAGGCGAAGCUUAGAUAUUCGUGUUGACUGUGUUUUCUCAUCGUGACCGAUAAUCCUUCUUCGAGUCAAUUGAAGAGGUCUAAACCUUGAAGGGGAUACAGGCCAACCAAUCUAUAGAUUUGGAAAUAAAAUAAUUUUAUGGAGAUACCUAUUUUAACGACUUAACUUGUUUUUUCUUCUGCGACUCAGGGUUGAUACAUUUCCCACUGAUCCUUCGAUUCAAAUGUCAAAAUAGUGUUAUAGGCUAUUGGUAGGCUAAUUCAUACAUUUGCAUCAGAGAGGAGGAUUCACCAUACACCUUUUCGUAGACAAAAAAAUUCAACAUGAAUUACCUGCGUCGUCGGCUGUCGGACAGCAAUUUUAUGUCCAAUUUGCCCGAUGGGUACAUGACUGAUCUACAACGCCCUGACCCGCCGCAGCAAGACCCUGCAGUAGGUUCGCCUGGACCACCGGAGAGGCGUCUGUCUACCAGCCAGCAGUCGGAGGGCACUGGCAGCGGAGCCGGAGCUGGAUUUUUAUCUUCCUUUACUAAAGCUGUCAAACAAACCACUGCUGCUGUUGCUGAGAAAGUCACCGAGGUAGCAGACAAAGCAGGCGUUGCCUCUGGUGCCAAGAUACUCCUGGUAAUUGAUGAGCAACAAACAGACUGGGUAAAGGUCUUCAAAGGUAAAAAGAUUCAUGGUGAAUUUGACAUUAAGGUGGAACAGGCUGACUUCUCUGAAAUCAACCUAAUAGCGCAUGCUACAGGGGGCUAUAGUGUUGAUAUCGAAGCAAUCCGGAAUGGAACCAUGGUGACCAAGUGUUUCAGGCCAGACUUUGUGCUGGUUAGGCAGCAUGCCUUCAGUAUGGCCAAGAAUGGAGACCACCGACACAUAGUGAUUGGGUUACAGUAUGCUGGUCUCACGGGUGUAAACUCUCUACACUCUGUCUACAACUUCUGUGACAAACCAUGGGUGUUUGCUAAUAUGGUGAGAUUGUACAAGCAACUGGGACCAGAGGAAUUCCCACUGAUCGAGCAGGUUUACUAUCCCAACCACAGAGAAAUGAUUACCACUCCUGGUUUCCCUGUGGUGGUGAAAAUGGGCCACGCCCACUCAGGGAUAGGGAAGGUGAAAGUGGACAAUCAAUAUGACUUCCAAGAUAUUGCCAGUGUUGUUGCCCUGACCAAGACCUAUGCCACAUCUGAACCUUUCAUCGAUGCAAAGUACGAUGUCCGCAUCCAGAAGAUCGGAGACAAUUACAAGGCCUACAUGCGGACAUCAAUUUCAGGGAACUGGAAAACAAACACUGGUUCAGCUAUGCUGGAACAGAUAGCCAUGUCAGACAGGUAUCGGAUGUGGGUGGACUCCUGCUCUGAGGUGUUUGGCGGUUUGGAUAUGUGCGCUGUGGAGGCUCUGCAUGGAAAAGAUGGCAAGGAUUACAUUAUAGAGGUGGUGGGUUGCUCCAUGCCUCUGAUUGGAGACCAGCAGGAUGAAGACCGUGCUCAAAUUGCAGACCUGGUCAUCUCCAAAAUGAACCAGACAGUCCCACGCACUGCAAGUCCCUCUCCUGUCCGUCCCACAGCUGCACAGAAAGCUGCAUCCUCUCAGCCUAUCUCACAACCCAAAGUGCCACAGGCUCAGCAACGCCCUUCUCCACAAGGUGGCCCACAACAGACACCCACCGGCACUGCCACCCCUCGCCAAGGAGCCCCCUCCCAGCAGCGCCCCUCUCCCCAAGGCCAGGCCCCUGCAAAAGCCCAGCCCCCUGGUCAGGGAUCCCCCCAGCGAUCCAUGAGCCUGGGGGGCUCCCCUCAAAACCAGAGGCCACAGCAGUCAGGUCCCCAGCUGCAGCAGAGCCCCCCCCUUGGAGGCAUGGGCCAGAAGUCCACAGGGGGCCAGCCCCAGCAGAGGCCCCAGCAGAAGCCAGGCCAGCCUGCCAGGCAGCAGUCCCAGGGAGGAGGCCCCCAGGGCCCCCAGCAGCAGAGGGCUCCAGCCCAGCAAGGUCGCACUGGGGCCCCCACCACUCAGCAGCCCCGCCUUAGUGCCCAGGGCCAGGGAGACCCGGGAGGAAAACCCCCUCUGCAGCAGAAGCCCCAUCCCCCACAGAAGCCCAACCAGGACCCUCCUGCUAUGGGAGCCACCCCUCCACUGAACAAAUCCCAGUCUCUUACCAAUGCCUUCAACAUUCCAGAAACCCCAACGCCACGGGCCAGCCUUAGCCAGGAUGAGGUGAAGGCUGAGACCAUACGCAACCUACGCAAGUCUUUUGCUAGUCUCUUCUCAGACUGAGAGAUGGAGUAAGCCCCCUCCUACGCCGACAGACAGACUGAAAGGCAGACCCUCCCCCUUCCCCUCCCCAACACACAAUGGACCAAUAGGACUAACACCUCCCUAUCAUGGACAUUGAUGUACAUUGAUGUGAAAAUGCACAUAUAAAACAUCCACUGCCUAUACAGACAUAGGAUCUUAAUUUGACCAGUAUUGUCGCAGCAAAAUAAUCCUGCAGCAAAAGGAUUUUAAUUUGGCUAUGUGAAAAGUACAAUACGCCAAGAGGUUAAUAUAACCCAGGCUGUAUCACAACCGGCCAUGAUUGGGAGUCCCAUAGGGCGGCGCACAAUUGGCCCAGCGUCAUCCGGGU